GCUUUCGGAGUUCGGUGGCGGUAAAGGACAUGAGUAAAGGCCGGGCGGAAGCCGUGGCGGGAGCCUCCGGGAUCCUGCUGAGGUACCUACAGGAGCAGAACCGGCCCUACAGCGCCCAGGACGUGUUCGGGAACCUGCAGCGGGAACACGGACUGGGCAAGGCGGCGGUGGUGAAGGCGCUGGACCAGCUGGCCCAACAAGGCAAGAUCAAAGAGAAGAUGUACGGCAAGCAGAAGAUAUACUUUGCUGACCAGGAACAAUUUGACAUGGUUAGUGAUGCCGACCUCCAAGCCCUGGAUGCCAAAAUCGUGGCCCUCACUGCUAAGGUGCAGAGCUUGCAGCAGAGCUGCCGCCACACGGAGGCUGAGCUGAAGGAGUUAACUAGUGCCCUGACCACACCGGAGAUGCAGAAAGAGAUCCAGGAGUUAAAGAAGGAAUGUGCUGGCUACACAGAGAGACUGAAGACCAUCAAAGCGGCCACCAACCACGUGACUCCAGAAGAGAAAGAGCAGGUGUACAGAGAGAGGCAGAGGUACUGCAAGGAGUGGAGGAAGCGCAAGAGGAUGGCAACAGAGCUGUCUGAUGCAAUCCUUGAAGGAUACCCCAAGAGCAAGAAGCAGUUUUUUGAGGAAGUUGGGAUAGAGACAGAUGAAGAUUACAACCUCAAGCUCCCAGAUCCCUGAGGCCCUCCGGCAGGCCUGGGAACGGAGAUGUCCUGGCCUGGCUGCCUUGUUUAGGUCAGCUUUGUUGUUGUUCCUGCUGCUGGCCACUUUUGAGCACACACCAAAGUGCUGGGUGGAGCACUGGUGGCCCGGGGAGGAUGGUUUCACUCAUUUCAUCACCCACAUUUUGACUGCCUGAACUUAACAGUUAGAUGGGGAACAAUGCAAAAGGAAAGCAUUUGGCAAUAUUUAUUGUAAUAUAAUUUGAUAUAAAAAUAUUUAAUUUCCUCUGGAUAAUCAAACCUCCCAGAUAUCAAACCUGAGGAAGGCAAAAGAGAGCUUGGGGGACAAGGGCAGAGAGAGGCUACUAUACACAGCAUUCAAGGAGCCCAGGGCCUCACCCAGGACUCUCCUGGGCUCUACACUCCAGGAGACCUUUAGAAAAUCUUCUCUACCCACCUUCACCCCACCCCAAGUCCUGGGAGAAAUGCAGGCAGCCCUGAGAUGGUAGAGACCCAGAUACACUUGACAGAAAGCCUGCGAGUGGUCUUGAGGCCAAUUUUCCAAAAUUGUAACUUUAGCAAAAUUGCAUUGUUGGUGUUUAGAAAAAUUAAAAAAUUUAAUACGUA